AGGUUGACGCUGGGUCCCCGCGGGAGGCUGAGCCCUCCAGGGCGACCUUCCCCUCUGACAGGAGCAAAGCUGCGAGGGGCGGGGUGGGGGCGGCCUAACCCCCCGGGGUGCAGCCGGAGGAGGAAGCGGCCGAGGAAGGCGGUGUGUGCGCGCCAGCAGGGCGAGCGCGGGCCCGAGCGUGGCUGGGAUUGUUGCACUCGGUCACCAGGGCGGCCGGGCUCCCUGCAGCCUGCAGACCGCGCCCGAGACCCGGCGAGGCGACAGGCGGGGGACAGCCGAGCACCCACCGCCCCACCGCGCCAGGAGGAGCAGUCUCCCACUCGCUUCGCCUCGCUGCUGGAAACCGAAGAAGGCCGCCUGAGAAGAUCCUUACUUAAAAGAGUAUUCUUAGAAGUUGUUCCACCUGUGGGAAUGUGCUCUUCUCCCUGUCUGCCUCAAGUACCGGGGAUUCGUUCGUGAUUUGGAAGAUCUAGAAGAGUCUCAUGUUUUCUGGAGUGGUGCAGACCCAGUUGGGGGAAGAAUUUCUAGCUCAGGGUUCCUGCUGCACAGAGGACCAUGGCAGCCUCCCGGACAGCCUCACGGUCUCCUCGCGACAUCGCCAAUGUGAUGCAGAGGCUGCAAGAUGAACAAGAGAUUGUACAAAAACGAACUUUCACAAAAUGGAUCAACUCUCAUCUGGCCAAGCGGAAGCCCCCAAUGGUGGUGGAUGAUCUCUUUGAAGACAUGAAAGAUGGUGUCAAGCUGCUGGCUCUUCUGGAGGUCCUGUCUGGGCAGAAACUGGCUUUUGCAAGAAAACUUAUGGAAGCAAAAAUCACAACACCCGCAGUGAAAAACUUAGAGAGCUCCUGGUUCAGAAAGGAGAGACAAAAAGUAAAAGAUUCAAUGCCGCUGGUAGAGAAGACGGAGGACGCCAGUGCAGGCGAGGAUGCCAAAAGAUUGAGCUCUGGAAGAAAACCAGGGGCGCGGAGGAGGAGCGCGCACACAUAUCGCUCGGGCAGUGGGGGCCAAGGGAAGGCGCGCCCUCCACCCGGAGCACCGGCACAGCCUCGCCCAGGAACGAGGGACAGAGAGGUCGUGAGGCCUGGGAGACCUUUGCGAGCAAGAGCCACGGAGGAAAUGCGGGCAGGAAGAAUCCUCGCGGACCCGAGGAAGGAAGAGCUGGCUGCAGAAGAAGAAGGCCGGCUCGGGGCUGAGGGCACCCCCUUGACACUGGCGGCCGACUUCUCCUCCACCACGCUGGAAGUUGGCGGGCAGUGGGCUCGCAUCUUCCACGUUUUGGGAGAAAAUGGUUUUGAUCCCAAGUUUCUAUGCAAGAUUGAACUGGCAUUUAAAUGCAAUGGCGAAAUUGAGGAGCUGACCAGCAACCUGCCGCAGCUGCAGUCCUUGUCCAGUAGCGCGUCCUCUCUGGACAGCACCGUCAGCUCCGAGGCAGCCAGUCCGCCGAGUAAGCGCAAGGUGGCCACCAAGAUCCCGGGAAACGCCAAGAAGGCGCUGUUGAAGUGGGCGCAGUGUGUGGCGGGCAAGCACACUGGAAUAGAAGUGAAAGACUUCGGACGAAGCUGGAGGAGUGGGCUUGCCUUUCACUCAGUCAUCCACGCCAUUCAACCCACGCUGGUGGACUUGGAGAGGGUGAAAGGCAGAUCUAACAGAGAAAAUUUGGAGGACGCUUUCACUAUUGCAGAAACACAAUUGGGUAUCCCAAGGCUGCUGGAUCCUGAAGAUGUUGAUGUAGAUAAGCCAGAUGAGAAGUCUAUUAUGACCUAUGUGGCCCAGUUUCUGAAACAUUAUCCUGAUGUCCACAGUGCAGGCACCGAGGAGCCAGAGAAGGAUGAAAUACUAGAAGCUUUCCCAUCUUUUGCAAAUUCUGUCCAAAAUUUUAAGAGAGAAGACAGACUCAUUCUAAAGGAAGUGAAAGCUUGGAUAGAACAAUUUGAAAGAGAUUUGACAAGGGCGCAGGUGACAGAAUCAAAUCUGCAGGAUAAGUAUCAGUCAUUUAAGCACUUCAGAAUUCAAUACGAGAUAAAAAGGAAACAGGUUGAACAUUUAAUACAGCCGUUACAUAGAGAUGGCAAAUUGUCCCUUGACCAAGCAUUGGUAAAACAGUCCUGGGACAGAAUGUCCUCUAGGCUCUUUGAUUGGCAUAGCCAACUUGACAAAUCUCUCCCUGCACCUCUCGGCACCAUAGGUGCCUGGCUGUACAGGGCAGAGGUGGCCCUGAAAGAGGAAAUAGCCGUUCAGCAGGCCCAUGAGGAAACUGCAAACACAAUACAACGGAAACUUGAGCAGCACAAGGAUCUGCUUCAAAAUACAGAUGCCCACAAAACAGCAUUCCGUGAAAUCUACCAGACCAGGUCUGUGAACGGGAUCCCAGUGCCACCUGACCAAUUAGAAGAUAUGGCUGAGAGGUUUCAGUUUGUUUCCUCCACAUCAGCGCUGCAUUUAAGAAAAAUGGAAUUUCUAGAAUUAAAGUACCGCCUGCUCUCCCUGCUGGUUCUUGCAGAGUCCAAGCUGAAAUCUUGGAUCAUCAAGUACGGAAGACGAGAGUCCGUGGAGCUGCUCCUGCAAAACUAUGUUUCUUUUAUAGAAAAUAGCAAGUUUUUUGAUCAAUAUGAAGUAACCUACAAGAUCUUAAAACAGACAGCUGAGAUGUACAUUAAAGCAGACGGUUCAGUGGAGGAAGCUGAGAAUGUGAUGAAAUUCAUGAAUGAAACCACCGCUCAGUGGAGAAAUCUCUCGGUGGAAGUCAGGAGCGUGAGGAGCAUGCUGGAGGAGGUGAUCUCUAACUGGGAUCGCUAUGGCAACACUGUGGCUAGUCUUCAAGCUUGGCUAGAGGAUGCUGAAAAAAUGCUGAAUCAAUCAGAAAGUGCCAAAAAGGAUUUUUUCCGAAAUUUACCUCACUGGAUUCAGCAGCACACUGCCAUGAAUGAUGCUGGAAAUUUCCUAAUUGAGACUUGCGACGAGAUGGUUUCUCGAGACCUCAAGCAGCAGUUACUACUGCUCAACGGGCGCUGGAGGGAGCUGUUUAUGGAAGUCAAACAAUAUGCUCGAGCCGAUGAGCUGGACAGAAUGAAGAAAGAAUACGCAGACUGUGUCUCUGCACUCUCUCAUUUUGUAACGGAAGCCAAUAAGAAAUUUAUUGAGCCCUUAGAAGUCUCUUUUAUCAAUGUCAAGCUGUUAAUUCAAGACUUAGAGGACAUGGAGCAGAGGAUUCCUGUAACAGACGCUCAGUGCAAGCUGAUCACAAAGACAGCGCACCUCAUUGCCAAAGAAAGCACUCAAGAGGAAGCUAAUGAGAUGUUCUCGACUGUGUCCAGGCUCAAAGAGCAGCUUACCAAGGUCAAAGAUGGCUGCUCCCCACUCCUGUAUGAGUCUCAGCAGCUGUUGAUUCCACUGGAGGAAUUAGAAAAGCAGAUGACGUCUUUCUAUGAUGUACUUGGGAAGAUCAAUGAGAUUAUAACUGUUCUUGAGCAAGAGGCACAAUCUAGUGCCCUUUUUAAACAAAAACACCAGGAACUGUUAACUUGUCAAGAAAGCUGUAAGAAAACAUUGACACUCAUUGAAAAGGGCAGUCAGACUGUACAAAAGUUUGUGACCUUAAGCAACAUAUUAAAGCAUUUUGAUCAAACCAAGCUACAAAGACAGACUGCAGACGUCCAUGUUGCUUUUCAGAGUAUGGUAAAGAAGACUGGAGAUUGGAAAAAGCAUGUGGAAACCAACAGUCGCUUGAUGAAGAAAUUUGAGGAAUCUCGGGCCGAGCUGGAAAAGGUGCUGCGGGUUGCUCAGGAGGGCCUGGAGGAGAAGGGCGACCCUGAGGAACUUCUGCGGAGGCACACUGAGUUUUUCAGCCAGCUCGAUCAGAGGGUCCUCAACGCUUUCCUGAAGGCUUGUGACGAACUCACAGACAUCCUCCCAGAGCAGGAGCAACAGGGGCUGCAGGAAGCGGUCAGGAAGCUGCACAAACAGUGGAAGGACCUUCAAGGAGAGGCCCCAUAUCAUUUGCUGCACUUGAAGAUUGCUGCAGAGAAGAACAGAUUCUUGGCCUCGAUAGAAGAAUGCAGAGCGGAGCUGAAUAGAGAGACCAAGCUAAUGCCUCAGGAAGGCAGUGAAAAACUCAUUAAAGAGCACCGGAUUUUCUUCAGUGACAAAGGUCCUCAUCACCUCUGUGAGAAAAGGUUACAGCUCAUUGAGGAGCUGUGUGUGAAACUCUCAGUCCGGGAUCCAGUAAGGGACACACCAAUGACCUGUCACACAGCUCUCAAAGAUCUCAAAGCUGCCAUCGAGGCCACCUAUGCAAAGCUGGUGCAAGACCCAGACAAGUGGAAGGACUAUGCUAACAGAUUUUCUGAGUUCUCAUCUUGGGUGUCAGCCAAGGAGACACAGUUGAAGGGAAUCAAGGAUGCAGCCAUUGGUACUGCCAAUCUCAGCGAGGUGAAGUGUGCAGUGGAAGAGAUCAGAAAUGAUGUGACCACAAAAGGUGAGACACUUAGCUGGCUGAAAUCCAGGCUCAAAAUUCUGAUGGAGCUUUCUUCUGAGAAUGAUGCCCAACAGCGAGGAGACGAGCUGGCAAAAUUAUCCAGCUCCUUCAAAGAACUCACGGCUUUGCUGUCUGAGGUUGAAAAGAUGAUAAGUAACUUUGGGGAAUGUGUUCAGUACAAAGAAAUAGUAAAAAGUUCUCUUGAAGAAUUAAUCUCUGGAUCUCAGGAAGCCAAAGAUGAAGCCGAGAAGAUCUUAGACUCUGCAAAUCUGUUGGAAGCACAGCAGCUGCUCCUCCACCACCAGCAAAAGACAAAGAUGAUUUCAGCAAAGAAGAGAGACCUGCAGCAGCAGAUGGGGCCAGCACAGGAGGGAGCAGGCGGGCUGGCUGACCCGGGCAGGGAGGAGCUGCAGAACCUGGAGAGGACCCUGGCCAGUGUGGAACACAGCAGGGAGAGGCAGGAGCGUCGCAUCCAGGUCACGUUAAGAAAAUGGGAGAGAUUUGAGACAAACAAAGAAACAGUGGUCAGAUACCUUUUUCAAACAGGUUCCAGCCACGAACGCUUCCUGAGUUUUAGCAGUUUGGAAAGUUUGUCUUCAGAAUUGGAGCAGACAAAGGACUUUUCUAAACGGACAGAAAGUAUUGCCGUCCAGGCUGAGAACCUUGUAAAGGAAGCUUCAGAGAUACCACUUGGGCCCAAGAAUAAGCAGCUGCUUCAGCAGCAAGCCAAGUCAAUCAAAGAGCAAGUCAAAAAAUUAGAAGACACACUUGAAGAAGAUAUUAAAACCAUGGAAAUGGUGAAAAACAAGUGGGAUCAUUUUGGCAGUAAUUUUGAGACCUUGUCCAUCUGGAUAACUGAGAAAGAAAAAGAACUCAAUGCCUUGGAAACUUCGUCAGCUGCCAUGGACAUGCAAAUCAGCCAAAUUAAGGUCAUAAUUCAAGAGAUAGAACAAAGAAUCAGCAGCAUCACUGGAUUGGAAGAACAAGUUCAGUGUUUUGCUCAGUUUGUCACCACUGGGGAAUCUGCUCGAAUCAAAGCCAAGUUGACACAAAUAAGGAGAUACUGGGAAGAACUCCGGGAACAUGCACAGUGCCUGGAAGGAACAAUCCUUGGGCAUUUAUCUCAGCAGCAGAAGUUUGAAGAAAAUCUUAGAAAGAUCCAGCAAUCUGUGUCUGAAUUUGAAGAUAAACUUACUGAUCCAAUUAAAAUAUGUUCUUCAGCUACAGAGACGUACAAAGUUCUCCAAGAACAUAUGGAUCUCUGUCAGGCCGUGGGGUCUCUGAGCAGCACAGUCACUGCCUUUUCAGCCAGUGCCCGGAAGGUGGUCAACAGAGACUCCUACCCCCAGGAGGCCGCAGCUCUUCAACAGCAAUAUGAGGGAACACUCCAGAAGGUGAAAGACAGACAGACCUUCCUGGAAAACCUGCUGGCCCACUGGCAGAGGCUAGAAAAAGAACUGUCAUCCUUUUCUACCUGGUUAGAGCGGUGUGAAGCUAUAGCCAGUUCCCCAGAGAGGGACAUUUCUGCAGACAGAGUCAAAGUGGAAGGUGAACUUCAACUGAUACAGGCCCUGCAGAACGAAGUUGUUUCCCAGGCCUCCUCGUACAGCAACCUCUUGCAGUUGAAGGAAUCACUCUUCUCAGUUGCCUCCAAAGAUGACAUGAAAAUGAUGAAGUUGCAUCUGGAGCAGCUGGAUGAGAGAUGGAGCGACUUGCCGCAGAUCAUUAGCAAAAGGAUUAAUUUCCUCCAGUCUGUGGUUGCUGAGCACCAGCAAUUUGAUGAGCUGCUGCUGUCCUUCUCCACGUGGAUUAAGCAGUUUCUCAGCGUGUUACAAACUACAUCCGAGAUCAGCGUGAUGGACCAUCAAGUGGCUCUUUCCCAGCACAAGGACCACGUGGCAGAAAUAGAGAACAAAAGGAGAGAUUUGCAGGGUCUGCAGGGUCUCUUGGCAAAGCUGGGCUCUCUGGGCCAAGCGGAAGACCUCCACCUCCUCCAGAGCAAAGCAGAGGACUGCUUCCAGCUCUUUGAGGAGGCCACCCAGGUGGUGGAAAGGCGGCAGCUCGCCUUGUCCCAGCUGACAGAAUUCUUACAGCGCCAGACCUCUCUGUCUGCAGUGCUCCGCCGGCUGAGGCAAGCCGUGGAGGGGACAGGCAGUAUGAAUAAGAAGCAGUCAGACUUGCUAGAGCAGGACCUGAAUGACGCCAUCCAAGAUGUGAAGACGCUGGAAUCCACUGCCAUAGGUCUCGACAGCCUCCUCGCCAAAGCCCAGUACCAUCUGAGAAGCGGGCAGGCCGAGCACAGGACGUCGUGCAGAGCUGCGGCCGAUCAGCUCUGCUCAGAACUAGAGAGCAUCCAGAACCUGCUGGGGACCAAGCAGAGUGAGGCGGAUGCGCUGGCCCUGCUCAAGAAAGCAUUCCGCGAGCAGAGAGAGGAGCUGCUGCGCAGCAUCGAGGACAUCGAGGAGCGGACCGACAGAGAGCGCUUGAAGGAGCCCACCCGCCAGGCGCUUCAGCAAAGCCAAGGCCAGUGCUGUGGACUUAUCGACUUAAUGAGAGAAUAUCAGAACUUGAAGUCAGCCAUCUCUAAAGUCCUCGAAAAUGCCAGCAGUGUCAUUGCAACCAGAACUACUAUCAAAGACCAGGAGGAUCUUAAGUGGGCAUUUGCCAAGCAUGAAACUGCCAAGAAUGAAAUGAACUGUAAGCAGAAAGAGCUGGACAGCUUUACCAGUAAAGGCAAACACUUGUUACUGGAGCUGAAAAAGAUUCACAGCAGCGACUUCACCUUGGUCAAGAUGGACAUGGAGAGCACUGUGGACAAGUGGCUGGAUCUAUCAGAAAAAAUGGAAGAAAACAUAGAAAAGCUGAGGAGAAGCCUGUCCAUUUGGGACGAUGUACUUUCAAGUAAAGAUGACAUCGAUGGAUGGUCAAACAGCUCCCUUCCACAGCUGGCUGAAAACAUCACCAACCUGAACAACAGCCUCAGAGCUGAAGAAUUCCUUAAAGCAUUUGAGUCUGAAGUUAAAAACAAAGCAUUGAAAUUGGAAGAGCUUCAUUCCAAAGUUAAUGAUCUUAAAGAAUUAACUAAAAAUCCAGAAACACCACCAGACCUUCAGUUUAUAGAAGCAGACUUACAGCAGAAACUGGAGCACGCCAAAGAAAUAACUGAAGAAGCGAAAGGUACCUUGAAGGAUUUUACCGCUCAAAGUACAAACAUAGAGAAGUUCAUCUAUGACAGGACCGAAUGGCUGAUGAAGGUGGAAGAGUCCUUGGUGAGCUGUGCCCAAGCCAAGACGUGUAAUGGACUCAAGAAAGUGAAGGAUACUGAAAAAGAACUUCAAAGUCAACAAAGCAGCAUCAGCUCUACCCAAGAGAAUCUCAACAGUUUGUGCCGCAAGUACCACUCGGCAGAGCUGGAGAGCCUGGGCCGGGCAAUGACAGGCCUGAUAAAGAAGCAUGAAGCUGUUGGCCAGCUAUGCUCUAAAACCCAGGCCAGCCUGCAGGAUUCUCUGGAACAACAUUUCAAUGAUUCGAUGCAGGAAUUCCAAGAAUGGUUUUUGGGAGCAAAAGCAGCAGCCAAAGAAUCAUCCCAUCGAACUGGAGACAGCAAAGUUCUAGAGGCAAAGCUCCGAGAUCUCCAGAACAUUCUGGACUCAGUCAGUGAUGGGCAAAGCAAGCUUGAUGCAGUGACUCAGGAGGGACAGACUCUGUAUGCACAUCUGUCUAAACAAAUUGUCAGCAACAUUCAGGAGCAAAUUACAAAGGCAAAUGAAGAGUUUCAAGUGUUUCUGAAGCAAUGCCUUAAAGACAAGCAGGCUCUCCAAGACUGUGCUUCUGAGCUGGGCAGCUUUGAAGAUCAGCACAGAAAACUGAACUUAUGGAUCCAUGAAAUGGAAGAAAGACUAAAUACAGAAAAUCUGGGAGAGAUUAAACAGCAUCUUCUGGAAAAGAAAAAUGAAGUUCAUAAAGUUGAAAUGUUUCUGGGAGAACUUAUGGCCGCUAGAGAGUCUCUCGAUAAACUUUCCCAGAGAGGGCAGCUUCUCAGUGAGGAAGGCCACAGUGCAGGGCAGGGUGGCCGCCUGGGCUCCCAGCUCCUCAGCAGCUAUCAAAACCUGCUCAGGAUGACCAAGGAGAGACUACGGGGCUGCCAGCUUGCCCUCCAGGAGCACGAGGCACUGGAGGACGCCCUCCAGGACAUGUGGUCCCAGGUGAGAGAUGUCCAAGACAAGCUGGCCUGUGCAGAAAGCACCCUCGGUAGCAAGGAAACCUUGGAGAGGCGCCUGUCACAGAUACAGGACAUUCUCUUGAUGAAAGGUGAAGGUGAAGUCAAGUUGAACAUGGCCAUUGGCAAAGGGGAGCAGGCCAUGAGAAGCAGCAACAAGGAAGGUCAGAAGGAGAUCCAGGCUCAGCUACAGACCCUCAGGGGCUCGUGGGCUGACGUCAUGGGCACCUCUGUCCAUGCUCAGAGUGCUCUAGAGUCUGUGCUUAGCCAAUGGAAUGACUACCUAGAGAGGAGACACCAGUUGGAGCAGUGGAUGGAAUCAGUGGAUGAAAAACUCGAGCAUCCUUUACAACUGCAGCCAGGACUGAAGGAGAAGUUUGCCCUGCUGGACCACUUUCAGUCCAUUGUCUCUGAAACAGAAGAUCACACCGGAGUUCUGCAGCGUCUGAACACCAAGGCCAGGGAGCUCUACGAGAAGACCCAGGAUGACUCCUUCAAGGAAACUGCUCAGGAGGAACUGAAGACACAGUUUCAUGAUAUCACAACUGUGGCCAAGGAGAAAAUGAGGAAGGUGGAAGAGAUUGUGAAAGAUCAUCUCAUGUAUUUAGACGCAGUGCAUGAAUUCACUGACUGGCUCCACUCAGCAAAGGAAGAGCUCCAGAGGUGGUCAGACAUGUCUGGGGAUGCAGCAGCCACCCAGAAAAAGUUGCUAAAAAUCAAGGAGCUGAUAGAUUCCAGAGAGCUUGGAGCAGCCCGCCUGGGCCGAGUGGAGUCGCUGGCACCCGGAGUGAAGCAGCACACAGCUGCCAGUGGGUGUGAGCUCCUACACUCUGAGAUGCAGGCCCUGCGAGCCGACUGGAAGCAGUGGGAAGACAGCGUGUUCCGCACGAGGCGCAGCCUGGAGGACCUGGUCAGUCAGAUGGCCCUUUCGGAGCAGGAGUUCUCGGGCCAGGUGGCCCAGCUCGAGCAGGCCCUGGGGCAGUUCGGUGCCCUUCUGAAAACCUGGGCGCAGCAGCUGGCCCUCCUGGAAGGCAAGAACACGGACACCGAGAUAGUGGAAUCCUGGCACGCAGGACGAGAGAUCUUGGAUGCUCUACAAAAAGCAGAGCCUACAACAGAGGACCUCAAGUCUCAGCUCAAUGAACUUUGUCGAUUUUCUAGAGAUCUAAGCGCGUACAGUGGAAAAGUUUCUAGCUUGAUUAAAGAAUAUAAUCGUCUCUGUUUGCAAGCAUCCAAGGGCUGCCAGAGUAAAGAACAGAUUUUACAGCAAAGAUUUCGAAAAGCCUUCAGGGAUUUUCAGCAGUGGUUGGUUAAUGCAAAAAUCACUACUGCCAAAUGUUUUGAUAUACCUCAAAAUAUUACUGAAGUUUCCACAAGUCUGCAGAAAAUACAGGAGUUUUUGUCUGAAAGUGAAAAUGGGCAACAUAAACUCAACAUGAUGCUGUCAAAAGGAGAACUCCUGACAUCCCUGUUGACCACAGAGAAAGCAAAAAAUAUCCAGGCCAAAGUCGAAGCUGCAAAAGACGACUGGAAAAAUUUUCAUUCAAAUCUCCACCAGAAAGAAUCUGCCCUCGAGAAUCUGAAGAUCCAGAUGAAAGACUUCGAAGUAAGUGCUGCGCCUGUGCAGAGCUGGCUGAGCAAAACCGAGAAGCUGGUCCAUGAGAGCAGCCACCGCCUCUACGACCUGCCGGCGAAGCGGAGGGAACAACAGAAGCUCCAGUCUGUCCUUGAGGAAAUUCACUGCUACGAGCAUCAGCUCAACAGGCUGAAAGAGAAAGCUCAGCAGCUGAGGGAAGGACAAGCUGCCAGCAAGAGCUUUCUGCACAGAGUGUCCCAGCUGUCUGCUCAGUAUCUAGCGCUAAGCAAUCUAACCAAGGAGAAAGUGUCCAGACUGGAUAGAAUCGUUGCAGAGCAUAAUCAGUUCUCCCUCGGGAUUAAAGAAUUACAGGACUGGAUGACAGACGCAGUUCACACACUGGAUUCUUACUGCCACCCAACAUCGGACAAAAGUGUGCUAGACAGCAGGAUGCUCAAGCUGGAGACUCUGUUAUCAGUGAAACAGGAAAAAGAGAUUCAGAUGAAAAUGCUAGUGACCAGGGAGGAGUACAUCCUGCAGAACACCUCUCCAGAAGGCGUCCCUGCGAUUCAGCAGCAGCUGCAGGCUGUGAAGGACAUGUGGGCCUCCCUCCUGUCUGCAGCCAUUCGGUGUAAAAGUCAACUCGAAGGAGCCCUUUCGAAGUGGACCAGUUAUCAGGAUGACGUCCGACAGUUUUCCGGCUGGAUGGACAGCGUAGAAGCCAGCCUCAGUGACUCCGAAAGGCAGUGUGCGGAGCUGCGGGAGAAAGUGACCGCUCUCGGGAAAGCCAAGCUAUUGAAUGAAGAAGUGCUGAGUCACAGUAGCCUACUGGAGACUAUUGAAGCCAAAGGAGCCAGCAUGACUGAGCACUAUGUCACCCAGCUAGAGCUCCAGGAUCUACAGGAACGAUACCUAGCAAUCAAAGAGAGAGCCAAGGAAGCAGUAACCAAGUCUGAGAAGCUUGUUCGCCUGCACCAGGAGUACCAGAGAGAUCUAAGGACCCUUGAAGUCUGGCUGGGGCAAGAACAAGAAAAACUCGACCGAUACUCAGCCCUUGAAGGUGACGCCCACAUUCAUGAAACAACAUUGAGGGACCUUCAGGAGCUCCAGGUGCGCUGCACAGAGGGACAGGCACUACUGAACUCUGUGCUGCAUACCAGAGAGGACGUGAUCAUAUCGGGCAUCCCGCAGGCAGAGGACCGGGCGUUGGAGUCCCUCCGGCAGGAAUGGCAGGCAUACCAGCACCGACUCUCUGAGACUCGGACCCAGUUCAACAACAUAGUGAAUAAGCUGAGGCUAAUGGAGCAGAAGUUUCAAGAAGUAGAUGAAUGGCUUAAAAAAACAGAGGAGAAAGUCAGCCUCAGGACUGGACGCCAGUCUAACCGGGCGACCAAGGAGCUACAGUUGCAUCAGAUGAAGAAAUGGCAUGAAGAAGUAACUGCGCAUAAGGAUGAAGUUGAGGACGUGGGUGCUAAGGCGCAGGAGAUGCUGGACGAGAGCCAUGUGAACAGCAGAGUGGGCUUCCAGGCAACCCAGCUGACCUCACGAUACCAGGCCCUGCUCCUCCAAGUGCUGGAACAAAUAAAAUUCCUAGAAGAAGAAGUCCAGAGUUUGGAAGAAUCAGAGUUAUCCCUCAGUUCCUAUACUGAUUGGUAUAGUUCUACUCAUAAAAAUUUCAAGAACGUGGCUACCAAAAUUGAGAAAGUAGAUAAAGCAAUGAUGGGGAAAAGGUUGAAGACAUUGGAGAUUUUGUUGAAAGACAUGGAGAAAGGCCACAGUUUGUUGAAGUCAGCUCGGGAAAAAGGAGAGAAGGCUGCUAAAUAUUUGGAGGAAGGUGAGGCAGAGAUGCUAAGAAAAGACAUCCAUGGUCACGUGGAGCAGCUGGAGGAACUGACCAGCACUAUGCGAAAAGAGCACAUGACUUUGGAAAAAGGUCUUCAUUUAGCGAAGGAAUUCUCAGAUAAAUAUAAAACACUGACUCGCUGGAUAGCAGAAUACCAGGCAAUCCUACACGUUCCUGAAGAACCCAAAAUGGAACUGUAUGAGAAAAAAGCUCAGUUAUCUAAGUACAAGUCAUUGCAGCAAACUGUGCUGUCCCAUGAGCCAUCAGUCAACUCAGUGAGAGAGAAAGGUGAAGCUCUUCUGGAUCUGAUCCAAGACGUCACCUUAAAGGACAAAGUAGACAAACUUCAGAGAGAUUACCAGGACCUCUGCAGCAUGGGAAAGGAAUAUGUCCUCUGCCUGGACACAAAGGUCAAAGACCACGAAGACUACAACAGUGAGCUCCAAGAGGUGGAAAAGUGGCUGCUGCAGAUGUCUGGCAGGCUGGUGGCACCUGAUCUUCUGGAGACAAGCAGCCUGGAGACAAUUACCCAGCAGCUAGCCCAUCACAAGGUGUACCAGAGUCUGGAACAUGAACUUCAGAAGCAUGUCAGCCGGCAGGACACCCUGCAGCAGUGCCAGGCCUGGCUUUCCUCAGUCCAGCCAGACCUAAAGCCAAGCCUGCAGCCACCACUCAGCAGGGCAGAAGCUGUCAAGCAGGUCAAACACUGCAGAGCUUUGCAGGAGCAAGCAAGGACAUACUUGGAUCUCCUUUGUUCCAUGUGUGACUUGUCAAAUUCUUCAGUGAAAACCACAGCAAAAGACAUUCAACAAACAGAGCAAAUGAUCGAACAAAGGCUUGCUCAGGCCCAGAACUUAACGCAGGGCUGGGAAGAGAUCAAGCACCUGAAAGCCGAGCUGUGGAUUUAUCUCCAGGACGCCGAUCAGCAGCUGCAGAACAUGAAGCGAAGGCAUUCGGAACUGGAGCUAAAUAUUGCCCAGAACAUGGUUGCCCAAGUAAAGGAUUUUGCUAAACAACUGCAGUGCAAACAGACCUCCAUGAGCGCUAUCUUAGAAAAGGUGAACAAGUUAACAAAGAAGCAGGAGUCUUCCGAGCACAAGGAGAUAAGUCACUUAAAUGACCAGUGGCUGGAUCUAUGCCUUCAGUCAGAUCAGCUGCGUUCACAAAGGGAGCAGGACCUUCAGCGAACGAGGGAUUACCAUGACCGGAUGAAUGUGGUCGAAGCAUUCUUAGAAAAAUUCACUACGGAAUGGGAUAACUUGGCCAGAUCCGAUGCAGAGAGCACAGCUGUCCACUUGGAAGCUUUGAAAAAGUUAGCCUUGGCCUUGCAGGAGAGAAAGCAUGCCAUUGAAGAUCUGAAAGAUCAGAAGCAAAAAAUGAUCGAACAUCUGAACCUAGAUGACAAAGAAUUGGUCAAAGAACAGACAAGUCACUUUGAACAACGCUGGCUUCAGCUUGAAGUCCUUGUGAAAAGGAAAAUCCAAGUGUCCAUCACUAACUUAGAGGAGCUCGGUGCAGUGCAGUCCAGGUUUCAGGAGCUAAUGGAGUGGGCAGAGGAGCAGCAGCCCAGCCUCACCGAGGCUCUGCAGCAGAGCCCUCCGCCUGAUAUGGUGCAGAGCCUCCUGAUGGAUCACCUGGCCAUCUGCAGCGAGCUGGAAGCCAAACAGCUGCUUCUGAGGUCACUCAUAAAGGAUGCCGACAGGGUGAUGGCGGAUCUCGGCCUCAAUGAGCGAAGGGUGAUCCAGAAGGUGCUCGCUGAUGCACAGAAGCACGUGAACUGCCUUAGUGACUUAGUGGGCCAAAGAAGAAAGUACUUAAACAAAGCCCUGUCCGAGAAGACCCAGUUUCUCAUGGCAGUAUUCCAAGCAGCCAGCCAGAUUCAACAACACGAGCGCAAGAUCAUGUUCCGGGAACACAUCUGCCUGCUGCCAGACGACCUGAGCAAGCAGGUUAAAACGUGCAAGAGCGCUCAAGCCAGCCUCAGGACUUACCAAAACGAAGUCACUGGACUUUGGGCUCAGGGCCGAGAAUUAAUGAAAGGAGUCACAGAGCAGGAAAAGGGGGAAGUGCUGGGGAAGCUUCAGGAAUUGCAGAGUGUUUACGACACUGUUUUACAAAAGUGUGGUCAUCGGUUACAAGAACUUGAGAAGAAUCUAGUUUCUCGAAAACAUUUUAAGGAAGAUUUUGAUAAGGCUUGUCACUGGCUCAAACAAGCAGAUAUUGUUACAUUUCCUGAAAUCAACCUCAUGAAUGAAAGUACUGAGCUUCAUGCACAACUGGACAAAUACCAGCACAUUCUGGAACAAUCUCCAGAGUAUGAAAAUCUGCUGCUUACACUCCAGAGAACGGGGCAGGCCAUGUUACCAUCCCUGAAUGAAGUUGAUCAUUCCUACCUCAGUGAAAAGCUAAAUGCUCUGCCGCAACAAUUUAAUGUCAUUGUCGCCUUGGCUAAAGACAAGUUCUAUAAAGUUCAAGAAACAAUUCUUGCUCGGAAAGAGUAUGCUUCCUUGAUUGAGUUGACAGCCCAGGCUCUGAGUGAACUGGAAGAUCAGUUUCUGAAGAUGAGGAAGGUGCCCACAGACCUGGUGGUAGAUGAGGCUCUGUCCCUUCAGGAGGACUGCAGGGCCCUUCUGGGCGAGGUGGUGGCCCUUGGUGAUGCGGUGGAUGAGCUGAAUCAGAAGAAGGAAAGUUUUCGCAGUACAGGUCAACCUUGGCAGCCAGACAAGAUGCUACACCUUGUCACCUUGUAUCACAGGCUGAAGCGACAAGCAGAACAAAGGGUGGGCUUGUUAGAAGACACCACAAGUGCUUACAAGGAGCACACAAAGAUGUGCAAACAGCUAGAGAGACAACUAGAAGCUGUGAAAACAGAGCAGUCCAAAGUGAAUGAGGAGACACUGCCCGCAGAGGAGAAGCUCAAAAUGUAUCAUUCCUUAGCUGGGAGCCUGCAGGACUCGGGAAUUCUGCUGAAGCGAGUGGCCCUGCAUGUGGAGGACCUUGCUCUGCUCCUGGAUCCUGCAGCUUAUGAGAAAGCCAAGCAUCGGGUGCAGGCUUGGCAAGAGGAGCUGGGGCUGUUGACAUCUAGCAUUGGGGAAACGGUGGCAGAGUGUGAGGGCCGAAUGGUGCAGAGCAGAGACUUCCAGACUGAGAUGAGCCACUCCCUGGACUGGUUGCGGAGGGUGAAGGCAGAGCUCAGCAGGCCCUUAUGCCUGGACCUCAGCCUCCAGGACAUCCAGGAGGAAAUCCGCAAGAUUCAGAUCCAUCAGGAGGAGGUCCAGUCCAGCCUGCGGAUCAUGAGCGCCCUGAGUGACAAGGAGAAGGAGAAAUUCACAAAAGCCAAGGAGCUGAUUUCUGCUGACUUGGCGCACACGCUUGCUGAGCUCGCCGAGCUAGAUGGAGACAUUCAGGAGGCGCUGCGCACCCGGCAGGCUGCCUUGACUGAAAUAUACAGUCAGUGUCAAAGGUAUUACCAAGUUUCACAAGCAGCUAAUGACUGGUUGGAGGAUGCCCAAGAAAUGUUACAGCUGGCAGGCAAUGGCUUAGAUGUGGAGAGUGCAGAGGAAAAUCUCAAAAGCCAUGUGGAAUUUUUCAGUACCAAGGAUCAGUUCGGUAGUCAUCUGGGGGAGCUCCAAGGCCUCGUGGCCAGGCUGGAUCCACUCAUCAAGUCAACUGGCCGAGAAGAUCUUGCACAGAAAAUAACUUCCCUGGAAGACAGGAGCCAGAGGAUCACCCAGGAUGCCCAGGCCCAGUUAGACCUCUUGCAGAGAUGUACAGUGCAGUGGCAAGAUUAUCAGAAAGCAAGGGAAGAGGUUAUUGAAUUGAUGAAUGAUGCCGAAAAGAAAUUGUCUGCAUUUUCUUUGUUGAAGACAUCUUCCAGUCAUGAAGCGGAAGAAAAAUUGUCACAACAUAAGGUUAAAAAAGCCACUGAAGUCAUUGAUCAGCUGCAAGAUAAGUUACCUGGUAGUUCAGCAGAAAAGGCCUCCAAAGCAGAACUAUUGGCCCUUCUUGAAUACCAUGACACAUGUGUGCUGGAGCUGGACCAGCAGCAGCUGGCCUUGGGCAUGCUGCAGCAGCGUGCACUGAGUAUACUGCAGGAGGGAGCCCUUAUCCAUGGAGAAGAGCCUCCCAUCCUGCAAGAGAUCACAGCUAUGCAAGAUCGGUGCCUCAACAUGCAAGAGAAAGUGAAGAGUAAUGGAAAGUUGGUGAAGCAAGAGCUGCAGGAGCGAGAAGUGGUGGACAAUCAAAUUAAUUCUGUGAAAUCUUGGGUUCAAGAGACAAAAGAAUAUUUAGGGAAUCCAACAAUUGAAAUAGAUACUCAACUUGAAGAACUGAAGCUUCUCCUGACAGAAGCCACCGGUCACCACCAGAGCAUCGAGAGACUGGCUGAAGAACAGAAGAAUAAGUACUCGGGCCUCUGUACUAUAGUGCCUUCCGAAAUCUCUCUUCAGUUAGCAGAAGUGGCAUUGGACCUGAAGAUCUACGAGCAGAUCCAAGAAAAGGUAAAAGAAAUUGAGCAGAGCAAGGCCAAGAGCCAGGAAUUCAGUCGGCAAAUUCAGAAAGUAGCCAAAGAUCUCACCGCGAUUUUAACGAAGCUGAAAGCAAAAACUGAUAAUCUAGUUCAAGCUAAAACUGACCAAAAGGUCCUGGGAGAGGAGCUAGACGGCUGCAAUGCAAAGCUAAUGGAAUUAGAUGCAGCAGUCCAGAAGUUCUCUGAACAGCAUGGCCACCUGGGCAAGCCGCUAGCCAAGAAGAUAGGAAAACUGACCGAGCUUCAGCAGCAGACUGUCCGGCAGGCUGAGAGCCGGCUCUCCAAGCUCACCCAGGCAACCUCACAUUUAGAAGAAUACAAUGAAAUGCUUGGAUUAAUUUUGAAGUGGAUCGAGAAAGCUAAAGUCUUGGUACAUGGAAAUAUUGUAUGGAAUUCUUCAAGCCAACUUCGGGAACAGUACAUUUCACAUCAGGCCCUGCUAGAAGAAUCUGAAGAAAUUUACAGUGAUCUGGAAGCAAUGUCCGAGAAAUUACAGUGCCUCACCAGUGUGUACCAUAUAGACAAAAUGUCCCAGCAAGUGGCAGAGCUGGGACGGGAGACUGAGGAGCUGCGGCAGGUCAUUAAGAUUCAUAUGCAGAGCCUCCAAGAUGCUGCCAAGGAUAUGAAGAAGUUUGAAGCUGAACUGAAAAACUUACAAGUGGCUUUGGAGCAAGCCCACAGCACCCUGACUUCUCCAGAAACUGGGCGCCUGAGUCUCAAAGAGCAAUUAUCACAUCGACAGCACUUGCUCUCUGAGAUGGAGUCGCUGAAGCCGAAGGUGCAGGCCGUGCAGCUCUGCCAGAGCGCUCUCCGGAUCCCCGAGGACGUGGUGGCCAGCUUGCCACUGUGCCAUGCUGCCCUGCACCUGCAGGAGGAGGCCAGCCGGCUGCAGCACUCCGCCAUCCAGCAGUGCAACAUCAUGCAGGAGGCAGUGGUGCAGUACGAGCAAUAUGAGCAAGAAAUGAAGCAUCUGCAGCAGCUUAUAGAAGGUGCUCACAGAGAGAUCGAGGACAAACCUGUGGCCACCAGUAACAUCCAAGAGCUGCAAGCCCAGAUUUCCCGGCACGAGGAGCUGGCGCAGAAAAUCAAGGGCUACCAGGAGCAGAUAGCCUCCUUGAAUUCCAAGUGCAAGAUGCUGACGAUGAAAGCCAAGCACGCCACCAUGCUGCUGACGGUGACAGAGGUCGAGGGGCUGGCGGAAGGCACUGAGGACCUGGACGGAGAGCUCCUCCCCACACCCUCGGCCCACCCCUCUGUGGUCAUGAUGACUGCCGGUCGCUGUCACACCUUGCUGUCACCUGUUACUGAGGAAUCUGGGGAAGAGGGAACCAACAGUGAGAUUUCCUCUCCACCUGCCUGUCGCUCCCCUUCACCUGUGGCUAACACAGAGGCUUCUGUUCACCAGGACAUUGCUUAUUACCAAGCCUUGUCUGCUGAGAGGCUGCAGACAGAUGCUGCCAGGAUCCACCCCAGCACAUCAACAUCCCGGGAGUUCUGUGAGCCAGGGCUGGAGCCAUCCGCUACUGCCAAGCUAGGAGAUUUGCAGCGAUCUUGGGAAACCUUAAAAAAUGUGAUCAGUGAAAAGCAGCGCACACUCUAUGAGGCUUUGGAGCGCCAGCAAAGGUACCAGGACGCUCUCCAGUCCAUCUCAACAAAAAUGGAGGCCAUUGAGGUGAAGCUUAGCGAGAGCCUCCAGCCCGGCAGAAGUCCGGAAAGCCAGAUGGCCGAACACCAGGCGCUGAUGGACGAGAUUCUCAUGGUCCAGGAUGAGAUCAACGCGCUGCAGGCCUCGCUGGCGGAGGAGCUGGUGUCCGAGGCGCGGGAGUCGGACCCUGCGGAGCAGCUGGCGCUGCAGUCCACGCUCACGGUGCUGGCCGAGCGCAUGUCCACCAUCCGGAUGAAGGCGGCGGGCAAACGGCAGCUGCUGGAGGAGAAGUUGAACGAUCAGCUGGAGGAGCAGAGGCACAAGCAGGCCCUGCAGCGGUAUCUCUGUGAAGCAGACGAACUGGACCACUGGCUCUUGAGUACAAAGGCCACCCUGGAUGUCGCCCUCGGGGCACCCACGGAGCCGAUGGACAUGGAGGCCCAGCUGGUGGACUGCCAGAACAUGCUGGUGGAGAUCGAGCAGAAGGUGGUGGCCCUGUCCGAGCUGUCCCUCCACAACGAGAACCUGCUGCUGGAGGGCAAGGCACACACGAAGGGCGAGGCUGAGCAUCUGGCUGGCAAGCUGAGGACGCUCAAGGGGAGCCUCCUGGAGCUGCAGAGAGCCCUGCGUGACCGCCAGCUGCACAUCCAGGGAGGUGCCCAAGAGAAGGAGGAGAGUGACCCCGACCUCACAGCCGCGCAGAGCCCAGGCCUGCAAGAGUGGCUGGUGCAAGCUCGCACCACGCGGACCCACCAGCGCCAGAGCAGCCUCCAACAGCAGAAAGAACUGGAGCAAGAGUUAGCGGAGCAGAAGAGCCUCCUCCAGUCGGUGGCCAGCCGCGGGGAGGAGCUCCUCACCCAGCAGUCAGCCUCGGAAACCUCGGGCCACCUUGGUGAAAAACCUGAUGGGUUAUCCCAAGAGUUGGGACUGGAAGGGGAGAGAUCAUCUUCUGAAGACCAGAUGAGGAUGAAGUGGGAAAGCCUCCAUCACGAAUUUAGUGCCAAGCAGAAGCUACUCCAGAACACUCUGGAACAAGAACAAGAGCAAGUGCUGUACAGCAGACCAAGCCGACUCCUGUCUGGGGUGCCACUGUACAAGGGUGAAGCACAGACACAGGAUAAAUCUGCAGUGACGUCAUUGCUGGAUGGACUGAACCAGGCCUUCGAGGAGGCCUCAUCGCAGGUAGAGUCGUAGGGUUGUGCUGUGCAUGUGACUGUUGUGGUUUGGAUUGGUGUUGUCUGGCUUAUGCAAUGGAGUGUCUGUGAAGAAGUGACUUGAUUUGCAUGUUGAUUCUUGGUUCCAACUGUGGAAAUGAAGUUUCUCUUUCAUCUCUCCUAGGCUCUUGCUAAAGACAUCAAGGAAAUGUCUGAAGAAAUGGAUAAGAACAAGAAUUUGUUUUCCCAAACUUUUCCAGAAAAUGGUGAUAACCGAGAUGUUAUUGAAGAUACUUUGGGGUGUCUUUUGGGCAGAUUAUCCUUGUUGGACUCAGUAGUGGAUCAGCGGUGUCAUCAGAUGAAAGAAACACUUCAGCAAAUACUAAAUUUCCAGAAUGACUUGAAGGUGCUGUUUACCUCACUGGCGGACAACAAAUAUAUCAUUCUGCAGAAACUGGCAAAUGUGUUCGAGCAGCCUGUAGCAGCACAGAAAGAGGCAAUACAGCAGGCUGAAGAGGGACUAAAGGAACUGGACGCAGGAAUCACAGAAUUGAAAAGACGUGGUGACAAGUUGCAGAUUGAGCAGCCCUUGCUGCAGGAACUCUCCAAGCUGCAGGACAUGUAUGAUGAGCUGAUGAUGACCAUUGGCUCACGCAAGAGUGGUCUGAACCAAAAUCUUGUACUUAAGAGUCAGUAUGAAAGGGCUCUGCAAGAUCUGGCAGACCUGCUAGAAACUGGAUGGGAGAAGACGGCAGGAGAUCAGAAAAUCAUCGUCUCUUCCAAAGAGGAAGUUCAGCAAUUACUAGACAAACAUAAGGAGUACUUUCAGGGCCUGGAAUCUCAUAUGAUCUUGACAGAAACGCUCUUCAGAAAGAUCGUCAGCUUUGCCAUCCCAAAGGAGACCCAGUGCCAUACAGACCUUAUGGCUCAGGCGUGUGCUGUGCUGAAGCGGGCACACAAGAGGGGUGUGGAGCUGGAGUACAUCCUGGAGACUUGGUCCCAUCUGGAUGAGGACUGGCAGGAGCUCAGCAGACAGCUGGAGGUGGUGGAGAACAGCAUCCCGAGUGUGGGCCUGGUGGAGGAGAGUGAAGACAGGCUCAUGGAACGAACCAGCCUCUACCAGCACUUAAAAUCCAGCCUCAAUGAAUACCAGCCUAAAUUAUACCAAGUAUUAGAUGAUGGAAAGCGACUUCUGCUAUCAGUCAGCUGCUCAGAUCUAGAAAGCCAGCUAAAUCAAUUCGGAGAGCGUUGGCUAAAUAAUACCAAUAAAGUGUCUAAGGAACUUCACAGGUUGGAAACAAUAUUGAAACACUGGACCAGAUAUCAAAGCGAAUCUGCAGAUCUAAUUCGCUGGUUACAGUCUGCAAAAGAUAGGCUAGUAUUCUGGACUCAGCAAUCUGUGACAGUCCCACAAGAACUGGAAAUGGUCCGUGAUCAUCUAAAUGCUUUCCUGGAGUUUUCUAAAGAAGUGGAUGCUAAGUCCUCCCUGAAAUCAUCUGUUCUGAGCACUGGAAAUCAGCUUCUUCGAUUGAAGAAAGUGGACACGGCUGCCCUGCGCUCCGAGUUGUCCCACAUUGAUAGCCAGUGGAUGGACCUCCUGACAAAUAUUCCAGCUGUCCAGGAAAAGCUCCACCAGCUCCAGAUGGAUAAGCUGUCUUCCCGCCAUGCCAUUUCUGAAGUCAUGAGUUGGAUUUCUUCAAUGGAAAGUGUUAUUCAGAAGGAUGAAGAGGAUAUCAAGAACACUAUAGGUUGCAAAGCAAUUCAUAAAUACCUUCAGAAAUACAAGGGAUUUAAGAUAGAUAUCAACUGCAAACAGCUAACAGUCGAUUUUGUGAACCAGUCUGUGUUACAAAUCAGCAGUCAGGACGUGGAGAGCAAACGAAGCGAUAAGACUGAUUUUGCCGAGCAGCUUGGAGCCAUGAAUAAAAGCUGGCAGAUCCUGCAAGGUCUAGUGACUGAGAAGAUCCAGCUGUUGGAAGGCUUAUUGGAAUCUUGGUCAGAAUAUGAAAAUAGUGUACAGUGUCUGAAAACUUGGUUUGCAACCCAGGAAGAGAAAUUGAAGCAACAACAUCAAAUUGGAGACCAGGUUUCCGUUCAGAACGCACUGAAAGACUGUCAGGAUCUUGAAGAUUUGAUUAAAGCGAAAGAAAAAGAAGUAGAGAAAAUUGAGCAGAACGGGCUUGCUCUGAUUCAGAACAAGAAAGAAGAAGUGUGUGGCACGGUCAUGAGCACACUGCAGGAGCUCAGCCAGGCCUGGGCCAGCCUGGAGCACAUGGCUGGGCAGCUGAAGAUACUGUUGAAGUCGGUGCUUGAUCAGUGGGGUUGUCACAAAGUGGCCUUUGACGAGAUGAAUACUUACCUCAUGGAGGCCCGAUAUGCCUUGUCCCGAUUCCGGCUGCUGACUGGCUCCUUAGAAGCUGUGCAGGUUCAGGUAGACAAUCUUCAGAAUCUUCAUGAUGAUUUAGAAAAACAAGAAAGGAGCUUAGAGAAAUUUGGCGCUGUCACCAACCAACUACUAAAAGAGUGUCACCCACCUGUGACGGAAACCCUCACCAAUACAUUGAAAGACGUCAAUAUGAGAUGGAAUAACUUGCUGGAAGAGAUUGCCGAGCAGCUGCACUGGAGCAAGGCCCUCCUUCAGCUUUGGCAGCGAUACAAGGAUUACUCCGGUCAGUGUGCUGCCACCAUUCAGCAGCAGGAGGAACGCACCAGCGAGCUGCUGAAGGUAGCUGCUGACAAGGACAUCGCCGACAGUGAGGUCGCUACGUGGAUUCAAGAUUGCAAUGACCUCCUCAAAGGACUUGGGACCAUCAAAGAUUCCCUUUUCAUUCUCCAUGAGCUGGGAGAACAACUCAAGCAGCAAGUGGAUGCCUCAGCAGCCGAGGCCAUUCAGUCUGAUCAGCUCUCCCUGAGCCAGCACUUGUGUACCCUGGAGCAAGCGCUUUGCAAACAGCAGACUGCAUUACAGGCUGGUGUUGUUGACUAUGAAACCUUUGCCAAGAGCCUGGAAGCUCUGGAGGCCUGGAUUAUGGAAGCUGAGGAGGUGCUCCAAGGCCAAGACCCUGCCCACUCAUCUGAUCUCUCCACCAUCCAGGAAAGGAUGGAAGAACUUAAAGGACAGAUGCUAAAAUUCAGCAGCAUGGCUCCAGAUGUAGACCGUCUCAAUGAGCUUGGCUACAGGUUGCCCCUGAAUGACAAGGAAAUCAAAAGGAUGCAGAAUCUGAACUGUCUCUGGUCUCUCACCUCCUCUCAGACUACAGAACGAUUCAGCAAGUUGCAGUCAUUUCUGCUACAACAUCAGACUUUCCUAGAAAAGUGUGAGACAUGGAUGGAGUUCCUGGUGCAAACAGAGCAAAAGUUAGCAGUAGAGAUUUCGGGCAAUUACCAGCAUCUCCUGGAACAGCAGAGGGCGCAUGAGUUGUUCCAAGCCGAGAUGUUCAGUCGUCAGCAGAUUUUGCAUUCAAUCAUUAUUGAUGGGCAACGUCUUCUAGAACAAGGUCAAGUUGAUGACAGGGAUGAGUUCAACCUGAAGUUGACCCUCCUCAGUAAUCAGUGGCAGGGAGUGAUUCGCAGAGCCCAGCAGAGGCGAGGGAUCAUUGACAGCCAGAUUCGCCAGUGGCAGCGCUACAGGGAGAUGGCAGAAAAGCUGCAUAAGUGGCUGGUGGAAGUGUCUCAUCUACCCAUGAAUGGGCUUGGAAGUGUCCCUGUACCAUUGCAGCAAGUGAGGACACUCUUUGAUGAAGUACAGUUCAAGGAAAAGGUGUUCCUGCGACAGCAAGGCAGCUACAUCCUGACCGUGGAGGCUGGCAAGCAGCUCCUGCUCUCUGCGGACAGUGCAGCUGAGGCCGCCUUGCAGACAGAACUCACUGAAAUCCAAGAGAAGUGGAAGUCUGCCAGCCUGCAUCUGGAGGAGCAAAAGAAAAAGCUGGCCUUCUUGUUGAAAGACUGGGAAACAUGUGAGAAAGGAGUAGCUGACUCUCUGGAGAAGCUUAAAAGUUUCAAAAAGAAGCUUUCUCAGCCUUUGCCGGAUCACCACGACGAACUCCAUGCAGAACAAAUGAGGUGCAAGGAAUUGGAAAACGCAGUUGGGAGCUGGACAGAUGACUUGACAGAGCUGACAGUGCUGAGGGGCACCCUCGCUGCCUACAUCAGUGCCGAUGACAUCUCCAUCCUUAACGAACGCAUAGAGCUUCUGCAGAGGCAGUGGGAAGAGCUGUGCCACCAGGUCUCCUUGAGGCGGCAGCAAGUGGGUGAAAGACUGAAUGAAUGGGCAGUGUUCAGCGAAAAGAACAAGGAGCUCUGUGAGUGGCUGACCCAGAUGGAAAGCAAAGUAUCUCAGAAUGGAGACAUUCUCAUUGAGGAGAUGAUAGAGAAGCUCAAGAAGGAUUACCAGGAGGAAAUUGCUGUUGCCCAAGAGAACAAAAUACAGCUCCAGCAAAUGGGAGAACGACUCGCCAGAGCCAGCCACGAGAGCAAAGCCUCUGAGAUUGAGUACAAGCUGGGAAAGGUUAAUGACCGCUGGCAGCACCUCCUGGAUCUCAUCGCAGCCAGGGUCAAGAAGCUCAAGGAGACUCUCGUGGCUGUGCAGCAGCUUGAUAAGAACAUGAGCAGCCUAAGGACCUGGCUCGCCCACAUUGAGUCAGAACUGGCCAAGCCCAUCGUCUAUGAUUCCUGCGACUCUGAAGAAAUACAGAGGAAGCUCAACGAGCAGCAGGAGCUUCAGAGAGACAUUGAGAAGCACAGCACGGGAGUCGCCUCUGUGCUCAACCUGUGUGAAGUCCUGCUGCACGACUGCGACGCUUGUGCCACCGAUGCCGAGUGUGACUCCAUCCAGCAGGCAACGCGAAACCUGGACCGGCGGUGGAGAAACAUCUGUGCAAUGUCCAUGGAAAGGAGACUCAAAAUUGAAGAGACAUGGCGACUGUGGCAGAAGUUUCUGGAUGACUAUUCUCGUUUUGAAGACUGGCUAAAGGUUUCAGAAAGGACAGCUGCUUUUCCCAGCUCUUCUGGGGUGCUCUAUACAGUUGCCAAGGAAGAACUAAAGAAAUUUGAGGCCUUCCAGAGACAAGUGCACGAGACUCUGACCCAGCUGGAGCUGAUCAACAAACAGUACCGCCGGCUGGCCCGAGAGAACCGCACUGACUCCGCAUGCAGCCUCAAACAAAUGGUUCAUGAAGGCAACCAGCGAUGGGACAACCUGCAAAAGCGUGUCACCUCCAUCUUGCGCAGGCUCAAGCACUUUAUUAGUCAGAGAGAGGAAUUUGAGACGGCACGGGACAGCAUUCUGGUCUGGCUCACAGAGAUGGAUCUGCAGCUUACUAAUAUUGAACAUUUUUCAGAGUGCGAUGUUCACGCUAAAAUAAAACAACUCAAGGCCUUCCAGCAAGAAAUCUCACUGAACCACAAUAAGAUCGAGCAGAUUAUCACCCAGGGGGAGCAGCUGAUAGAGAAGAGUGAGCCUCUGGAUGCAGCCAUCAUCGAGGAGGAGCUGGAUGAACUCCGCCGCUACUGCCAGGAGGUCUUCGGGCGCGUGGAAAGAUAUCAUAAGAAACUGAUCCGCCUGCCUCUACCGGAUGAUGAGCACGACCUCUCUGACCGGGAGCUGGAGCUUGAUGACUCUGCGGCCCUCUCAGACCUGCACUGGCAGGACCCAUCAGUGGACGGUGUGCUCUCCCCCCAGCCUUCCUCCAACCCCUCCCUCUCACUCCCCCAGCCCCUGCGCAGUGAGCGGUCAGGACGGGACACCCCGGCAAGUGUGGACUCCAUCCCUCUGGAGUGGGAUCAUGACUAUGACCUCAGUCGUGACCUGGAGUCCGCAGUGUCCAGAACUUUGCAGUCAGAGGAUGAAGAGGGCCAGGAAGAGAAGGAUUUCUACCUCAGGGGAGCUGUUGGCUUAUCAGACAUAGUGAUCCCUGAAAGCGCUGAGGCCUAUGUAAAACUCACAGAAAAUGCCAUCAGAAAUACCUCUGGGCAUCGCACCGCCUUGGAGUCACAGAUCCAGCAACUGGACAAAGCCCUGGAUGACAGCCAUUUCCAGAUGCAGCAAACUGAAAAUGUCCUGCGCAGUAGAACUCCCACCGGGCCAGAGCUGGACUCCAGUUACAAAGGCUAUAUGAAACUGCUGGGCGAGUGUAGCGGCAGCAUAGAUUCAGUGCGGAAACUGGAGCACAAGCUGAAGGAGGAAGAGGACAGCUUUCCUGGCUUUGUGAACUUGAACAGUACCGAGACCCAGAUGGCUGGUGUGAUUGACCGAUGGGAGCUCCUGCAGGCCCAGGCCCUGAGCAAGGAGUUGAGGAUGAAGCAGAACCUCCAGAAAUGGCAGCAGUUCAACUCAGACCUGAAAAACAUCUGGGCCUGGCUAGGGGAGACAGAGGAGGAACUGGAACAACUGCAACACCUAGAACUCAGCACCGACAUCCAGACCAUUGAGCUUCAGAUCAAAAAGCUCAAGGAGCUCCAGAGAGCAGUGGACCACCGCAAAGCCAUCAUCCUCUCCAUCAACCUCUGCAGCCCUGAGUUCACUCAGGCUGAUAGUAAGGAGAGCCGGGACCUGCAGGAUCGCUUAUCCCAGAUGAAUGGGCGCUGGGAUCGGGUGUGCUCUUUGCUGGAGGACUGGCGGGGUCUGCUACAGGAUGCUCUCAUGCAGUGCCAGGAUUUCCAUGAAAUGAGCCAUGGUUUACUGCUCAUGCUGGAGAAUAUUGACAGGAGAAAAAAUGAAAUCAUCCCUAUUGAUUCUCACCUUGAUGCCGAGAUACUCCAGGAUCAGCACAAGCAGCUGAGGCAAAUAAGGCGUGAGCUGUUGGAGUCCCAACUCAAAGUGACCUCGCUGCAAGACAUGUCUUGCCAACUCUUGGUCAAUGCUGAAGGCACUGACUGUUUAGAAGCCAAAGAAAAAGUUCAUGUCAUUGGAAACCGGCUCAAACUUCUCUUGAAGGAGGUCAGUCGGCAUAUCAAGGAUCUGGAGAAGUUACUGGACGUGUCGAGCAGUCAACAGGAUUUGUCUUCCUGGUCUUCUGCCGAUGAGCUGGAUACUUCGGGAUCUGUGAGUCCUACGUCAGGAAGAAGCACCCCAAACAAACAGAAACCGCCACGAGGCAAAUGUAGUGUCUUACAGCCUGGACCCUCUGUCAGCAGUCCAAAUAGCAGGUCCACAAAAGGUGGCUCCGAUUCCUCCCUUUCUGAGCUGCAAACAGCUCGGUCAGGCCGAGCCUUCCUAUACCGAGUUCUCCGGGCAGCUCUCCCACUUCAGCUUCUCCUGUUGCUUCUCCUUGGGCUUGUCUGCCUCAUACCAAUGUCAGAAGAAGACUACAGUUGUGCCCUUUCCAACAAUUUUGCCCGAUCAUUCCACCCUAUGCUCAGAUACACCAAUGGGCCUCCUCCACUCUGAACCAAGCAGAGGCCACCUGCCAAAGCACUGGCAGCAUGAAGAGGAGAAGCUCAGAAACAGUCCCAGGCUAUCGAAGAGGACCUCAAUCUUGGCAGAAGCCCUUGGUGAGGCAGCUUUCUCACUCCUCUGUGUCUGGAGUACAAGUCAUGGUUCAUGAUGUGGAUAAAACAAUGUGAGAAGAGAACCAACAAAGUCUUUGGGGGUCUGAGCCUAAAACAUUGGGUAAGGACACCCAAAAUGACCCUGGAUUAAGGACACCCAAAAUGACCCUGGAUUUAUGAAUGCUGGGCCUUUGGCCCAUCAACACAUAGCCAAGGCCUUGAGUGGACCAUCUGGGCGGCUUCCCAUGGCACUGCUCCCUCCCCAGCGCCAUGCUAGUAUAAUACAAUCUACCAACCAAUCAGUGCUGAAGAGAUUUUAGAACCUGUAACAUACAAUUUUUAAGAGCUUAUGUAGCAACUUUCUUUGUACUUUUUUUGGGGGGGGGCAUGAUGUUCUAACCUUCGCUUAGAAGCACAAGCUGUAAAUCUAAAAGGCACUUUUUUUAAAGAUAUAAAGAAAAACUAGAUGUAAUAAAUAAAAUUACGGAAGGCUUUAUGUGAAAAAGAAGUUGAAUGUUAUAGUAAAGAAAGAUAUUUAUGUAAUGUACAGUUUGCUAAAGCCAAGUUUUGUUUGUAUUGAUUUCUUUGCA